UUAAAAUGAUUGCUGCAAACAUUCUGUGGUCAGCUGUUAUUAGGAAUUCAAGUUUGUUGACGUUUGCUAUUUUCUUCCCAAAGUCCUCCAGCCAACACAACUUUACUUCUUGUAUGCUAAUGAUAAGAUGGCAUUAAUGACCUUGUCAGUCAAGUGAAAUAGUUUUGGCAUCGAUGUGUCACCAGACCGGCUGUAAACUCACCCAGUGAAACCACAGGCUGCUGUGAUGUCAGAGCCGAAGCCCCCGACUCCGACCCCUGGAGACACGUACAAGGGUUGGCUCUUCAAAUGGACUAACUACAUAAAAGGUUAUCAGAGACGCUGGUUUGUUUUGAGCAAUGGACUGCUGUCGUAUUACAGGACCCAGGCAGAGAUGGGUCACACAUGCAGAGGCACCAUCAACUUGGCCACGGCCAAUAUUGCUGUGGAGGACUCGUGCAAUUUUGUCAUUUCCAACGGCGGAGCGCAAACCUACCACCUGAAGGCCAGCUCAGAGGUGGAGCGACAGCGAUGGAUCACGGCGCUCGAGCUUGCCAAAGCAAAGGCUGUUCGCAUGCAGGCCGAAUCUGAUGACUCCGGUGACGAUUGUUCCACAGCUCCACCCACCGCAGGACAGGGUGGGGGCUGCCGUAACUCAGAAAUCCAGUCCACACUUCGAACAAUGGGCAGCAAGGUGGAGGACCUCACCACCUGCAACGAUCUCAUUGUCAAGCAUGGUUCUGCCCUUCAAAGGUCUUUGUCAGAACUGGAGGGGAUUCGUGUUGGAGGCGACAUGGGGGAGAAGAUCAGACAAGUCACAGAGAGGGCCACACUGUUCCGAAUCACCUCUAAUGCCAUGAUCAACGCAUGUCGAGACUUCCUCGGCAUGGCCCAGACCCACAGUAAGCGCUGGCAGAAGGCCUUAAUGACUGAGAGAGACCAGAGGAUACGGUUGGAGGAGACUCUGGAGCAGCUGGCUAAACAGCACAACCAUUUGGAGCGAGCUUUCAGAGGAGCUACUGUUCUCCCCUCUUCAUUCAGCAAUCCCGCUUUAGGUAACAAAGGUGGUGUUUCAGGAAAGGGGGAUGCCAGUGACGAGGAUGAUGACAAUGAGUUCUUUGAUGCUAUGGAAGAUCCAGCAGAGUUUAUAACUGUCCCUGCUGACCCCAAGUAUCACAGAAGAUCUGGCAGUAAUCUUAGUGGGUUCAGCAGUGAGACUGGGAUUGACGAUCAGUCUGUGAAUUUUGAUGAACUGUCUUUGGCAUCUAAUCCGGAGUCUCCUCAGUCUCUGGAGCUAGAGCCAGUUCGACAGAGACGGACUCAUAUUCCUGACAAGCCCAACUAUUACCUCAAUCUGUGGAGCAUCAUGAAGAAUUGCAUUGGAAAGGAGCUCUCAAAGAUACCAAUGCCUGUAAAUUUCAAUGAGCCCCUCUCCAUGCUGCAACGUCUGUCCGAAGACCUGGAAUACUACGAGCUGCUGGACAAGGGUGCUAAAUGUCAGAGUUCUCUGGAGCAGAUGUGUUACGUCGCCGCUUUCACGGUCUCCUCCUACUCCACGACUGUCCACCGCACAGGGAAACCCUUCAAUCCACUGCUGGGAGAAACCUUUGAGCUCGAUCGACUCAGAGAGUGUGGCUACCGCUCCCUGUGUGAGCAGGUGAGUCACCACCCACCUGCUGCAGCUCAUCAUGCCAUCUCUGAGAAGGGUUGGACACUCAGACAGGAAAUAAGUCUGGCCAGCAAGUUUAGAGGAAAAUAUCUCUCUAUCAUGCCCCUGGGUUCUAUCCAGUGUUUGUUUGAUAAGAGCGACAAUCACUACUCUUGGAAAAAAGUAACUACAACAGUCCACAACAUUAUUGUGGGGAAACUGUGGAUCGAUCAGUCAGGGGAGAUAGAUGUGGUGAACCACAAGACAGGAGAUCGCUGCCACCUCAAGUUUGCUCCCUACAGUUACUUCUCCAGAGAUGUACCCAGAAAGGUAACCGGAGUAGUAACAGAUAAGGAUGGAAAGGCCCACUAUGUGCUGUCAGGAACAUGGGACGAGAAGAUGGAGUUGUCUCGGGUAAUGCAGAGCAGUAAAGGCGAGAACGGCACAGAGGGCAAACAGAGGACUGUGUAUCAGACCCUCAAAGCCAAAGAAAUCUGGAGAAAGAACCCAUUACCAGAGGGAGCAGAGAACAUGUACUUCUUCUCCACACUGGCCUUGACUCUCAAUGAAUUUGAGGAGGGAGUGGCGCCAACAGACAGUCGUCGUCGCCCUGACCAGCGGUUAAUGGAGGACGGCCGCUGGGACGAGGCUAACGCAGAGAAACAGAGGCUAGAAGAAAAACAGCGCACGGCCCGUAGAGAAAGGGAGAGGGAAGCCGUUAAAGUCGCCUGCUCACCUGAGGAAGCUGUCACUGAGGAUUCAGUCAAUGACUCACCCUUGAAAACUGAUGCACAGGAGACUGGCACAGAAGCAAGUGAGGUUACUGAUGAAACCCCUCAUGGACCAUCACUCCUCCCCCUUUUAAUGGAAGGAAAGGACGGUGCUAAUGGAGCUUCAGUCAAAAGUGCCCAUCAAGACAACUACCAAGCCCUGUGGUUUGAGAAGUUAGAUGACCCCGUAUCCGGAGAGACCUUGCACGUCUACAAGGGGGGUUACUGGGAGGCGAAGGACCAAGGCAGCUGGGAAAUUUGCCCCGACAUCUUCUGAUCGCAGCCGAACUGGCCCGUUUUCCCUCAGCCGUGUAGAAAAUGAGAAGAUGGUAAGAAGUGACCUACCUGACAUCGGCUAAAAGUGUGGAAUCCAGCCUGACGUCAAACUCUCUUCAAUGUCUGUAGCUUCAUCCGAUCAUCUUCCUCAGCGCCACAUUUCCAGCAGAGAUUUGCUCAGGAACAAGUGCACGUGGAUUUCACCCUCAAUGUAGAUACACUGUUCACCGAGCUUUGUAGUAACGUUGCUGUCAGUUCUCAGAAACCCUUCUCACUGCCUCUCAAACACUUAUCCUUGUCUUCUUCUGCUGCUUGUUCUCAGUCCACGGGCCUCUGGGUUCAGCGUUUCAGUUGCAUUUGGCACCAGGUUAUUAUGCAUUUUCCUCAGAAGCACUAUUGUCAAGCAUAAUUCAUCCAGACGGCAUUACUGUGUAGAAGGUUUGCUUAGACGCAGUGAGCCACUAACAUAUAUUAUAUGAGUUUCUGUUUGUUGUGCAUUCCUUACGUUUGUUAUUUUGCAAAGAAUUGAUUGGAUGUUCCCCAGCACAGCACCACAGCGAGUCAAAGUUCAAUCACACUCCAACAUCUUUAAUAGUUCACACAGUUGAUAUUCCUUACACCAGAUUCAGACCACACCUGCACUGAAACGCUUCCGUGGUUCUGACUAAAGGUAUUUUGUUUCUAAAGGAUGUAGUUGUUGUCGUAUUUCAACGAUAACAAAACAGGGUUUGCCUUUGAAUUGCGGUGCUACUUUAUUCGUAGUAUUAGGUGUACUACACCUACACAUGGCUCGUUGAGUAAUAAGUGUAAAAUACAUGACGUGAAAUUCGCUCGUUAUGAUGAUGCCCCUGCUCUUAUUGUAAUUUGGCCUGAAAAAGUCUGGUUUGGUUAUUUUAAGAAUCCUUUAUUUUGAGUCUCUAUUAGCUGCAAAUUUCAUUCUAUAUGCAGGUUUGGGGUUUUCUUUACCUUCAGAAGAGAAAUUCAUUGAAUCAUAAAUAUUCUUUAUUUGGUGUAUUAGAUACCUUAUAGAUUUGUUGUGUAAUCAAACAAAUUUGUAUUUGUACCAAUGAAAAAUGAAAAUUUUUGCAAGAAAUGUGGAAGGAGGAGUUUGAGCCCUGAUGUUUUUGUUUGGUUGUGUUGUUUGUUUUUUUGCGUAGCUGUUCACGAUCUCCCAAAAUGCACCAGCCUCAUCGUAUUGUCUGAUAAAAUGUAUUCGAUUUACCCUCUAAUCCUUAAUGUUUAAGAUCAAGCGUGUCAACAAGUCUGCUUCUUGCUCAUAACAGAUUCAACCAUUUAAUUUCUGCUUUCAAAGUAAAUGUUGACGCUCACAAUUUGAAUGUUGAUUCAAUUUCGGAGCGGCGCGCCUGCGCUCGAGCUGUCGCUGGGCGUCGUGCUCGUUGAUUCGUGAAGUGAAAUAUGAGGCAAAACGCCUUUCGUCCUCCUGGUUUUCAUCAAACCUAUAGAUCACAGCUUUAAUCUGGAUAUUUUAGCGUUUUGUGUGUGAAAAUGUUAAACAGACAGCAAUAAGAGUG